UUUUGUUAUAAAUUUAGGACUCGAAGAAUUCAUUAUCAUACUCGAUAAAAUCGCACGAACUAACGUUAAUUCGAGACGGAAAUAAACUGUUGUUCACAGAAAUUAGGAUAAUAAGACGAAACGCACUCUCAGUAACCAGAGAAAAAAAAAAGAAAAAAAAAAGAAAGAAAGAAGGAAAUUGCAUCUGCACCAGCAUCAGCUUAUCCCUUUCCAUAUGGCAUAUGUGAGGCCGUGGUUUCCACGACAGUAACACGACCAUGAGCAUGAACACGAACAUGGAGUCGUGAAGAAAAUGUUUUGUGAGUGCCAUGAAGAAGAGGGCAGAGCUCCGACAACACGACCCCCAAGACUUGGAAGUUUUGAAAGCCGUUGCACAGGCCUGGUACAGCCACUCCGGCACUUCCAAGCCCAUGAGUGAAUUCGACGCUCAUCGAAGGAAUUUCAGAGGCAAGCCUUCAAGAUUUAAGCUUCAAGCUUUGACCAACCCACCAACUUCUUCUAAAGACACUCAUUGGGACUUUCAGCACUCACUCUGGGACUCCUAUGAGCUUGUCACUGUCUCCAGAAGGAUCGAGACAGGGUUAACUUUAGAUAACCCUUUUCAUGACUUAUGUGGUUCCACUCCAAUCCAACCCAAACGCAAGCCUGAGAGAAGCAGAUUCUACUUCUAUGUCAGAUUCCUUUCCUCCAGGGAAUCUAAUUCCAUGGCAAGCAACUAUUGAAAUUUCAAAUUAUGUGUGGGGUUUGUAUUGAUUGUAUCAACUAUCAAAAAGACAAAUGUUAAGAUGGCUACCAAAGCGCGAGUAAAAUUUGCUCAUCUGUUACCACCAAACAAUGUUGAUAAAGAGCUUCUACUUGAACUAGUAUUGUUUCCUCUUGAAUUUUGUACCAAAACAAUUGAUUACUACUUCAGAUAAUGA